AUGUAUCACACGCAAGAAUGCAGUUCAAUGCUCCAAAAUCGAAUGCCUGAGAAAUGUGGAGAUCCAGGACCGUUUACUCUGGCUUGCACAAUAGGAGAUCUCAAGUUCAAUAAGUGCCUCUGCGAUUUAGGAGCAAGUGUGAGCCCGAUGCCACUCAGCGUUGCAACGCGACUUGGUCUAUACACUUUGAAGCCGACCCAAGUCACUUUAGUCCUUGGUGAUCGUUCUACCCGAUGUCCAGAAGGGGUAUUAGAGAACCUACCAGUGCAAAUUGGGAACUGCUACAUACCCACUGACUUCAUUGUUUUGAAACUCGACGAGGAAUCCCAAGAACCCAUUCUCCUUGGAAGACCUUUCUUGGCCACGACUGGUGCAAUGAUAAACGUCCGAGAGGGAAAAAUUGAUUUGCACAUGGAGGAUUUGGUCUUGAGAUUCAACCUGGAUAAAGUAGCUAAGAAACCCACAAUCGAUGGCCAAACAUUCUGGGUUGACAAAAUUGGAGAAAUAGCUGACGAGAUCUAUGAUGAAGUGUGUACUAGUGACCACCUGGCCGUAGCAUUAACGAAGAAGGAAAUAGAGCUGGGAUACCUAUCCGAGUAG